AUGGGGAACCUGCCGGCCGCGCUGCCCGGCGCCUCCCGCACCUGCGGCCUCGGGCUCUGCUCGCGGCAGCGCAGCGCCGCGCCCGACGACGCCGCCGCCGCCGACAAGGGCAGCUCGGCACCCAUCCGUCCCACGGAGCCCACCAGAUAUGCCCGGCUCAAGAACUGGGAGAUGGGGACCAUCGUCUACGACACGCUCUGCGCCCAGGCCGUGCAGGAACUGCCCUGCACGGGGAAGCGGUGCCUUGCCUCCAUAAUGUUCCCCAAGCAGCUGAUUUCCCACGCCACUGAGGGGUCCCGACCCACUGAGGAGCUCCUGGUCCUGGCCCGGGAAUUCAUCAACCAGUACUACGUGUCCAUCCGGAGGGACAACUCGCCGGCGCACAUGCAGCGGCUGCGGGAUGUGGAGGCUGCCAUCGAGGCCACCGGCACCUACCAGCUCCUGGAGCCAGAGCUGAUCUUCGGGGCCAAGCAAGCCUGGCGCAAUGCUGCCCGCUGCGUGGGCCGCAUCCAGUGGAACAAGCUGCAGGUGUUCGACGCCCGGGACUGUGCCAACGUCGGGGAGAUGUUCAGCUUCCUCUGCACCCACAUCCAAUACGCCACCAACCGCGGGAACAUACGGCGGCUGCACCCGCCUGCUGCGACAUCCCCUCCCGCCUGCUCUCCCAGGUCGGCCAUCACCAUCUUCCCGCAGCGGGUGCCGGGCCGGGGCGACUUCCGCAUCUGGAACACGCAGCUGAUCCGCUAUGCCGGGUACCGCCAGCCCGACGGCUCCGUGCUGGGGGACCCGGCCAACGUGGACAUCACCGAGCUCUGCAUCCAACAUGGCUGGACCCCGGGCAACGGCCGCUUCGACGUGCUGCCCCUGCUGCUGCAGGUCCCCGAUGAGCCCCCCGAGCUCUUCCCGCUGCCGCCGGAGCUGGUCCUGGAGGUGCCCCUCCAGCACCCCACGCUGGAGUGGUUCGGCGAGCUGGGGCUGCGCUGGUACGCGCUGCCGGCUGUCUCCAACAUGCUGCUGGAGAUCGGGGGGCUGGAGUUCCCGGCAGCUCCCUUCAACGGCUGGUACAUGAGCAGCGAGAUCGGCAUGAGGAACCUGUGCGACAGCCAGCGCUACAACCUGCUCCAGGAGGUGGCCCUGCGCAUGGGGUUGGACACGCGGAAGACCUCCUCCCUCUGGAAGGACAAGGCCGCCGUGGAGAUCAACAUCGCUGUGCUGCACAGCUACCAGGUUGCCAAAGUGACAAUCGUGGACCACCAUGCCGCCACAGAGUCCUUCGUGAAGCACAUGGAGAAUGAGAUGCGGACACGGGGUGGGUGCCCGGCUGACUGGGUCUGGAUUGUGCCCCCCAUCUCGGGCAGCCUCACCCCUGUCUUCCACCAGGAAAUGGUCAAUUACCAGCUCUGCCCCACCUUCCGGUACCAGCCCGAUGCCUGGAAGGUCUACGUCUCCAAGGGCACCACCGUCACCAGGAGGAAAACCUUCAAGGAGGUGGCAAAUGCUGUGAAGAUCUCGGCCAAGCUGAUGGGGCACAUGAUGGCCCGGCGUGUGAAGGCCACCAUCCUCUACGCCACUGAGACGGGGAAGUCCCGCACCUACGCCUGGAGCCUCUGCCAGCUGUUCCGCCGUGCCUUCGACCCCAAGGUGCUCUGCAUGGACGAGUACGACGUUGUCUCCCUGGAGCACGAGACCCUUGUGCUGGUGGUGACCAGCACCUUCGGCAACGGGGACCCACCGGAGUGUGGGGAGAGCUUCUCCAAGGCGCUGAUGGAGAUGUCCUCGCCCCACGCCGGUGCCGCGCAGGCCGAGCCGCCCAAGAGCUACAAGCUGCGGUUCAACAGCGUCUCGCAGUCGGACCAGCUCGUGGCCUCCUGGAAGAAGAAGCGGCGGCAGCUGAGCAACACGGACAGCGCGGGCACGCUGGGGGCGCUCCGGUUCUCCGUCUUCGGGCUGGGCUCCCGCGCGUACCCCCACUUCUGCGCCUUCGCCCACGCCGUGGACACACGGCUGGAGGAGCUGGGCGGGGAGCGCAUCCUGCCCAUGGGCGAGGGAGACGAGCUCUGCGCGCAGGAGGACUCCUUCCGCACCUGGGCCAAGCUGGUCUUCCAGGCUGCCUGCGAGACCUUCUGCGUGGGCGACGAUGCGGAGGCUGCAGCAGAGGAGAUCUUCGCCACCCAGCAGGGCUGGAAGCGCCAGAAGCACCGGCUGGUGGCGCAGGAGGAGCCCACCGAGACCCUCGCCGGUCUGGCGCACGUGCACAAGCGCAGGGUGUUCCCCUGCUCGGCGCUCUCCGUGCAGAACCUGCAGAGCGCGGAGUCUGGCCGCUCCACCGUCCUGGUGCGCCUCGCCACCUCGGGCCAGCCCGAGCUGCAGUACCUGCCCGGCGACCAUGUGGGCAUCUUCCCUGCCAACCGCCCCGAGCUGGUGGAGCAGCUCCUGGAGCACGUGGAGGACCCGCCACCCGCCGACGAGCCCGUGCUGGUGGAGAGCCUGGAGAAGGACACCAGUGGCAGGUUCCCGGGCCCCAAGGCCAGCUGGGUGCCGCAGAGCCGCCUGCCGCCCUGCACCCUGCGCCAGGCGCUCACCUUCUUCCUGGACAUCACCGCACCGCCGAGCCCCCAGUUCCUGCAGCUGCUGGCCACGCUGGCGCAGGAGGCAGCCGACCGCGAGCGGCUGCAGCAGCUCAGCCAGGACGCCCGUCUCUACGAGGACUGGAAGUGGUUUCGGUGCCCCACGCUGCUGGAGGUGCUGGAGGAGUUCCCCUCGGUGGGGCUGCCGGCCUCGCUGCUGCUCACGCAGCUGCCCCUGCUCCAGCCGCGCUACUACUCGGUCAGCUCCGCGCCCGGGCGCAGCCCCGGCGAGAUCCACCUCACCGUGGCCGUGGUCACCUACAACAGCGAGAACGGCCAGGGCCCCCUGCACUACGGCGUCUGCUCCACCUGGCUGGCCCGGCUGCAGCCCGGGGACACGGUGCCGGCCUUCAUCCGGGGGGCCCCCUCGUUCCGGCUGCCGCAGGCCGCCGAGGCGCCCUGCAUCCUCGUGGGCCCUGGCACCGGCAUUGCGCCCUUCCGCAGCUUCUGGCAGCAGCGUCUGCACCACCUGGACACCGGAGCAGGCGGGCCCCUGGGCAGCAUGGUGCUGGUGUUCGGGUGCCGCUCGUCCGCGCUGGACCACAUCUACCGGCAGGAGAUGGAGGAGGCGCAGGAGCGCGGCGCCCUCAGCCAGGUGCUCACCGCCUUCUCCCGUGAGCCGGACACCCCCAAGACCUACGUGCAGGACGUGCUGCGGACGCAGCUGGCGGCGGAGGUGCACCAGGUGCUGUGCCAGAGCGCGGGACACAUGUACGUGUGUGGGGACGUCACCAUGGCCACAGGCGUGCUGCAGACGGUGCAGCACAUCCUGGUGCAGCAGGCCGGCAUGACGCUGGGGCAGGCGGGGGACUUCAUCAGCGAGCUGCGGGACAAGAACCGGUACCACGAGGACAUCUUCGGCCUCACCUUCCGGACGCAGGAGGUGGCCUUCCGCAUCCGCAGCCAGUCCUUCUCCAUGCAGGAGCGCCGGCAGCCGGGCCCGGCGCCCUGAGGCUGGGGGCCCCGGCCCACGCUGCUGCUCCCCGGCCCCGCUGCAGGCAGCUCCUGCCGCCCCCAGUAAAGGUUUAGUUUUGAUA